AGCUUCCUGCCAAGCUUCAUUGUCAACUUGGCAGUGAACUACUCUCUCUACUGCUUUCCCUACAAUUCAACUGUGUCCAUCUUGCUCCAAAGUCGUUUCCUACGCAAACAAUCAAUUACAAUGCCAGACGCAGCGCAGAUCAACCGUUCUAUCAGUACCAUCAAGACGGAACUGGAGUAUCUAGUCUCAAGUGGUGUUUUGGCCCCGCCGCAGUUGCAGUCUAUUCAAGCGCAGUUACCUCAACCGAACGGCCAGCAGUCACAGUAUAUCGAUCCGAAGUAUGUAGACGGUGGAAACCAAUUCAACCCCGCGUUGGUCGCGCAACAGGCCCAGGAUCCGGCGCAUCCGGCGAAUCCGAAUCAUCCAAAGCACCACGAGUGGGCGAGUAAACUGGCGCAUAAGUUUGGAAAUGCGGCGGUUUAUGGGGCUGGAGCGACGUUUGGUGCGGAUUUGGUUAACGAUGCUAUGAGGAAGUUUUGAGUUCCCGAAUGGACAUGCAGAGCCGUUGAUUCGUUCUCCUGUAGUGAUAAUUUGGUAGUGACUCACUCUGAGAAGUAUGAUUCUGGCCACCCAUGGAUCUUACUCUCGGCACCUUCCACUCCAAAAUAACGUAUCUUUAACACGGGAUUAUAUAGCUUAACAUCUUGAUCCCACCCUCCAACACCAAUUCCUCCUCGAGCAUCUCAGUACCUUCACCAUGCCACCAACCAACUCAGACACCG